AUGAUUUUGAAACGUAUUUUGAUAAUAUCACAGAUAUCUCUUAAAAAUUGGACAUAAGCUUGGUAGUAUAUUAGUAUUCAUAAUUUAACCAAUUACUUUUAAUAAGGAAGGAUUAAAUAUUAAAAUAAAAGGAUGAGAAUGAUUUAGAUCAAAUCCAUAUUGAAAUAUUAGCAUAAGAAUAUCAUCCUGUUUCAGGAAAUAAAAAUAAUAGGAAAAUAAGGAGAUAAUUUCUUAUCUUUAAAGAAUCUAUAAUAAGUUAGAAGGAGAAGCAAAUGAGUUUUUUUGUUGGAUUAAAAAGAAAGAAUAAAAGGUGUUAUGCUUCAAAAGGAAAAGUAGGUCUGUAAAAAAUAAAGAGAAAAUGUUAUGAAGUUGUGAUUAAAUAGAACCUAGAUUCCAAUAUAUGUAUCCCUACCAUCAUUGAAGGAUCUAAAACAUAAUUUAAUUGAUUAAGCAUUAGAAUCGGAAAAUUAUACUUUGAUAGCAAAUAAGAGAAUUUAAAGAGGUAGAGAAUCAAAAAAUUUACAUAUUGUCUUAAUUCAUGAGAGCUAUGAUGAAAUGAAGUAAGAUUGUUUGGAGUGGUUAGUUUAAGAAUUUAACAUUCAUAAAUCUGGAUUAAAUGUUAAAGUAUUUAAUAAAGUUUAUAAUCAUUAUCAGUUUGCUAUUCUUCUUUAUUUUCUUGAAAAAUAUAUCCGAUAGUCUUUAAUUAGCAAUCUUAUUUUAUUUUAUAGAUAGCUCAUUUCAUCAUUUUUAAAUGUUAAAAUUAUUAUAACUUUAAGGCAAGUAAUACUUAACUCUAUUGAAUAUUAAACUUUGUUAUAUUGAAAACGCAUAUCAACUUUAAAAAAAGUUGAGUUUUUGCCUUAUAAUACAAAUUAAAGUAAUGAAUAUUUAACUUAAUAUUCAAAAGUAAGUGUAAAACGAAUUUUAUGAGUUUCUAAAGUAAUUAAAAGCACAAAGUGUUUUAUUUAAUGAAUUUAAUAUUAUUUGGAAUAAAAAAAUUGAAUAAUCUAUAAAAAGAUAUUAAUCAAGAAUUAAGAUAAAAAACAAUUAUUUUAAUCAAAAGAUACAGAAAAAAUUAAAUAAAAGAUUUAGCAUAUUCAAUUUUUUUAAUUAUUUAGAGCUGAUUAAAUGA